GUCUAUUUAUUAAAAAUUCUCGUUUUUUGCAUACAAAAAGAAAAUACUAACAACAAUCGAUUAUAUUCCUAAACACACACCAUAAAAAAAAACUGAUAGUUAAACUCAAAGAAAUAAACAACUACAAACCUUGCCUUGCAUAAGGAAAAUAAUGCAGUGACGUGUCUCGUUAAUUUAAAUUUGAAAAAUAAAUACUAUUAAAUUAUGGCUGCACGUCGACGUCAAGGGUAUAAAGAUACUCCUGAAGAUCAAAAGAAAUUGCUAAACUAUGAAAAAACACUUAUUGAAACUCUUCACAUCGAAGAGCAUGAAACAACAGAUAUACGUGGCGACAAAUGCAAUAUAGGUAUAUUAUUCUUUCUAUAUGUUCUGCAAGGAAUACCCUUAGGUUUGAUUGCUGCUAUUCCAAUGUUGCUGCAGAAUCGUGGUGCAAGUUAUAAACAACAAGCGGAAUUUUCAUUCGCUUGCUGGCCAUUUAGUAUGAAACUAUUAUGGGCUCCAAUUGUUGACGCCUUAUAUAUUAAAAAGUUUGGACGUCGUAAAUCUUGGCUGGUUCCGACACAAUAUCUAAUAGGAGGUUUUAUGUUAUUCUUAUCAUGGCAUGUUGAACGUUGGCUAGGUGGAAAUGGUGCUGAUCCUAAUGUACCACUAUUAACAUUAGUUUUCUUCAUAUUAAAUUUUUUGGCAGCAACACAGGAUAUAGCAGUGGAUGGUUGGGCCUUAACGAUGCUUAAACGUUGUAAUGUGGGUUAUGCUUCUACUUGUAAUAGUGUUGGACAAACGGCUGGAUAUUUUUUGGGAUACGUAGCUUUUAUUGCGCUCGAAUCAAAAGAAUUUUGUAACACAUACCUACGUACAAUACCUAAGGACGAAGGUAUGGUGACAUUACCAGAAUUUUUAUGGUUUUGGGGUAUAUGUUUUCUUGUCGCCACAACUUUGGUGGCAAUAUUGAAAAAAGAGAACGAUGUUAAAGAUGAACAUACAGAAGCACGUUAUACUGAUGUACAUGAAUUGAAUAUACAAGAAAGUUACAAAAUACUUUGGGAUAUGGUGCGUAUGCGACCUGUUAUUAUAUUAGCCGCUAUAUUGCUUACCGUAAAAGUUACAUUCGCUGCUUCUGAUGCGGUUACAUCUUUGAAAUUAAUUGAUGCUGGAGUCCCUAAAGAUAAAUUAGCCCUACUUGUUAUACCUAUUGUUCCAUUACAAAUAAUACUUCCUCUUGUCGUAAGUCGUUAUACAAACGGACCACGACCAAUGGAUGUGUACCUGAAAGCAAUUCCAUAUCGAAUAAUAUUUUCAACAGUAGCUGCUGUUAUCACAUAUCUAACUCCAUAUAUGAUUACGAAGGAGCAUGUGCCUAUCUAUUAUUAUGUGCUGCUAGUCGCAAAUUAUGGCGUAUAUCAGAUUUUUCUAUAUUGCAUGUUUGUCGCUGUAAUGGCAUUUUUUGCAAAAAUUUCUGAUCCUGCAGUAGGUGGAACCUAUAUGACCUUUUUGAAUACUCUUUCCAACUUGGGCGGUAAUUGGCCAAAUACGGUUAUAUUAUGGUUGGUAGAUGUUUUGACUUGGAAGGAAUGUGUUACUGUUGAUACUAAACUCAGGGAGAGGAAUCAUUGCUUGACCAAACAACAAAAACAGGAAUGCUCCAAAGCGGGAGGUGAAUGCAGAAUUCUUUUCGAUGGCUACUAUAUUGAGUGUAUACUUUGCUGUAUUUAUGGCAUAAUUUGGCUUUUCAUCGCACGUAAAUGGAUUACAUAUCUGCAAAAUCUCCCAACACGAGAGUGGGCCGUAGUUAAAACCUCCAAAAAAUUGAACAGAAAAAAGUUUAGCUAGCAAUUCAUUGUAUGACCAAAAGCCAUAUGAGGCCAUCAUGGCUCGAGCAGCGAUUUCAAAAUUUGUUAAUGAAAAAUGGGCGCAGUGCACGAUAGUCAUUGAUGUUAAGUAUUUUUAGAAAUUCCAAUUUACACAGUAUGCAGCAUUGAUUGAACCAGAAGCUUUUAUAAUUUUUUUUUUAUUCGAAAUUAAAUAAGUUUGUUAUUGUUAUUA